GACUGUUACUUUCAAAACCAGUGUUGGAUGAGACCCAGCGAGGUGUCAAUAUGGACUUCCAUUAACAAAAAAGCUGCCACUCAGCCAUUCGCUACGUUAAACAGAAAUACACAUAUUAAUACCUGAUUGCCCCUUUAAACUUUAACCAGGAAGACUUGGCGCGGUGUCAGAAAAUCCGCUGAAUAACAUAACACAGCUAUUGACAUUGUGCUCUUUAGUUUGCCAGUAGUCGUCAUCACAUUUAUUAAGGGUGAUGACAGACUGACAAAGUGUGAUCACAGGGUUCUAUUGAUGCACAUUAACAAUGUUUUAACUUCAGGCGUCCUGCGUGUUUGAAAUCCCUCUGUCACUUCUGCUGAGGUCUCCAGCUGGCCUACACGCUAAGCGCUCCGGCCUCCCGGCGGGGUUUCCUUUGAGGGUUCAAUGUAGCCGGCUAUCAUAGCAGGGAGCGAGAGAGAGAAAGGAGUGGGAGAGACGGAGGGAGAAACCAGCAGGCAGACACACAGAGACAAGGACAAGGAGUGAGGAUAACAGGGAGAGACACAGAUGUUCAGUGUGUUUGACAACGUGUUUGAGAAGUCUUCCCCAUAAAAGUCACACAGUGAUUAACAGUGGGGAUGUUGACAAUGUUAGAGCUCUUCAACUACAGACUGUGGGGGGGACGGAUGGCAGAAUGGUGGUUUGCGACCAGAACAGUGCCGGUGGUGAAAUUGGCACACACUCGAGAAGAUCAGGUGGAGAUGACAGGUGCCACAAUUAUUUAGAGCUACGGUUUUGCAGGGGGGUUCGUGUGGCUGCCACUCUUAUUUACAUUGUGCAGACGAUCUUGUACACGGGGGUUGUAGUAUAUGCCCCUGCACUGGCCCUCAAUCAAGUGACUGGCUUCAACCUUUGGGGCUCCAUUUUCGCAACGGGUGUUGUAUGCACAUUCUACUGCACGCUGGGCGGGCUGAAGGCGGUGGUGUGGACAGAUGCGUUCCAGAUGGUGGUGAUGGUGGUGGGCUUCCUGACUGUGCUGGUCCAGGGAACGCAGAGGGCAGGGGGCGUGGCCUCCGUGUGGGAUGUGGCUAACAAAGGAAACAGACUUGAUGUCUUUGAUUUCGACUUCAGCCCUCUAAGACGCCACACAUUCUGGACCAUCUCUGUAGGAGGGACCUUCACCUGGCUAGGUAUCUACGGGGUUAACCAGUCGACCAUACAGAGAUGUAUUUCCUGCAGGACAGAAACGCAUGCCAGACUAGCUCUGUACUUCAACUUGCUGGGUCUCCUGACCAUCCUGGUGUGUGCCGUUUCCUCGGGUCUCAUCAUGUACGCAUUCUACACUCACUGUGAUCCGUGGACUGCCGGGUCAAUCACUGCGCCAGACCAGUUGAUGCCUUAUUUUGUCAUGGAGGUUCUCGGCGAGUUCCCUGGUCUCCCAGGGCUGUUUGUUGCCUGUGCCUUCAGUGGGACCCUCAGCACAGUGGCGGCCAGCAUCAACGCCCUCGCCACCGUGACCUACGAAGACUUUGUCAAGCAGUGUUGCACAAAUCUGUCCACCAAGGCCAGCGGAUGGAUAAGCAAAGGACUCUGUGUUGUGUUCGGCGUAGCCUGCACAAUGAUGGCAGUGACUGCAUCUUACAUGGGAGGGAUUGUCCAGGCUGCCCUGAGUAUUCAUGGAAUGUGUGGCGGUCCCAUGUUGGGUCUGUUCUCCCUGGGCAUCAUCUUUCCCUGGACAAACUCCCAGGGAGCUGCAGGUGGGCUGAUAGUGGGCAUUGCCCUGUCGUUCUGGGUUGGUAUUGGAGCUUUCAUCUACCCUGCUCAAGAGAUCCAUACCAGACCCCUGUCUCUUAGUGUAGACGGAUGUCUUCAACCUAAUUCAUCUAUCACACAUACAACAGCUCCUCUCUCCUACCAGAACGCCACUAUUCUAUCACCAAGGUCACCCCUGGCUGAUCACUGGUACGCCAUCUCCUACCUGUACUACAGCGCCGUGGGAUUUACGGCCACCAUUACUGCAGGCCUGCUCAUCUCCUUCCUCACAGGACACACCAGGAGCCAGGAUGUGCCCCCUUGGCUUCUAAGACCUAUUUGUAACCUAUUCUGCUUCUGGUCCAAGAAGAACAGGAAGAUGUGUUGGUGUGGCGUCAACCACGACUUAAAGCAGAACACGACGAGCACAGACACAGUCGAUGAUGAAGGCCCCUUCGUCAAGGAGGAUACCCGGAGGUUGAGGGCAAUCCGGAAAGUACAACCGGCUGAAAACAGCUACAAUAUGCAAGAGAAGGCUUACGACAAUGCCGGCUUUGCUGAAGAUAAAUAGCCUUUUAGAGAGCCACAGGGACAGAAAGGCUAGCGGGUGUAAAACCACUUUAAUGUACUAAUUACGGUAAAUGUUAAAAGCAUUUAUUAUGUUUCGUGUCUGAAAGGUGAUAAACUGCUUAGAUAAUCAGUGACUAUGUGAUAUAAGGAGACAGUCCCUCCCCUCGGCACUCGCUUAACUAAAGACGUUAUAUUAAAACCGUAUGGAAGUAAUCAAUGCAACAGAAGAUGUCGUUUGCUUUGUUCUCCGGGCAUUCAGACGACCUUAGCUUGUACAGGAACAGACGUUCGUGCGGAACACAGAAAUGCUGUGGAAGUCGGCAACGAACAAACUGACCUCCGAAUGUCAAGUGAGCUUUGGGAUUGAAACAC